AUGUACCCUUGGCGCCGUUUCAGAUCGGCACACGCCUCUUGCGUGAGUGGCUCGGAGAAGGGCGUGAAUUACACAUCUCAUCACCUCCGGUGUGAGAGGAUCGAUUCGACGGCUUCUCGAAGGUUACGGCAGGGACCAUCAGAGCUGGCAUCAUCGAAAUCAUGGCCCGGCACUACACCACCUCAAGAGGAAGAGGACGACUCGUAUUCGAACGUCUUCACACCACAGCCAGAGCUCCGAUAUACACAUCACGAUGAUGCGAAAGAGCCCUCAAGAAAACCCCAGCAAUCACCAGCAUCAACGCACCUCCAACUCCUCAGAGCCCCUCCGCAAUGUCGACUACCAACAUCGAUGCGAUUUACCACCCUCCUCCUCUACAUCACACUCGCCCUCCUCUUCAUCUCACGAACCGCAGCAGCACCACUCUCAAACUCCCACGCCCACCUCCACAAGCGACAAGCCGUCCCCGAUAGGUUCGGCAACACAGGCAACGAACCCGCCCCAGUAGCCUCACUCCCACCCCCACAAACCCUCACACCAUCCCCUACCUCCAGCCUUUCCGCCACCGCCUUCGCAAGCUCCACCUCCACCCCUUCCUCUACUACCCUAAUGCCCUCCACCACCCCGCAGCCCACCACAACCGUAACCACCGGCUCCAACGGCAACGGCAACUCAAACCCCAACAACAACGGCGACGGGCUCGGCCUGAACCCGGGCGAAAACGGCAACAACCCGCCCGCCGAAGAACUCACGCGCAUCGCGCCGCAGCUCAGCAUGUCCCCCGGCGCGCUGGCGGGCAUAAUCGGCGGCGGCGUCGCCGUGCUAUCCAUCGUCAUCGGCCUAAUCGUCUACUUCUACCGGCGCGCGCGCCGGCCAGACAUCGCAGAGAUCCCGAUCCGGCGCUCGAAGCUGGGCAGCCGGCUGGGGCGGCGCAUCUUCGGAUCGCCGUUGCCGUCGCGCUCGGGUUCGCGGUCGUCGUCGCGGCGGACGAGCGCGUCGUCGGCGCGGAGCGAGAAGAGAGAGAAGCAGAUUGAGGCGGGGGCGGUGGACAAGGGGACGAUUAGUAAGCCCAAGGCUGCGUGGCUGGAGAAUGGGCUGUUGAGUGUGCCGCGGCCGGCGUUUGUGCGGGAGGAGAGGGAGCGGGCCAGCGGUGUGGAUGAGGGCGCGCCGUGGGUGCAGGUCGAUAAGGGGACGAUUAGUGCGCCGAGGCCCGGGAGGCCGGCGAGUGCGGAGCCGUUGGGGAGGUUGAGUGGGAUGGGGUUGGGGAUGGGGUAUUUGAAGUGA